CGCAGCGAGUGCUGUGUCGAUCGCUCGGUGAGGGCGCAACACCACCACAACCGGCGAGUCUGUCCCAACGCCGCGCGACGCGCCGAGAGGCGUGGUGUUAGCGCCGCGCCGGAGUCGCCGCCGCUCGUUUGGAGAGUCCGGUGCAAGCCAUUACGGCCCUUCGCCCUCCCCAGUCUCCGCAGAGGUCAGAGGGCAACCGCUGAAGCAGAACAGCUGUUCUGCAUCAGCCCGCAUUCCGGUUUCGCAGCCGCUUUUGGUAAGCGCUUCCUGCGACAGUGUCGACGACGACGCACUGUGUCAGAUAAACGUUCCACGUUGACAGAACACGGUUCUGUCAUCGCCCGUGUAGCUGACACUUUGACAGCGACAUUGUCUUCGUCCCGCCUCUUCGGGAAUUAAGAACUCCAACAUCACAGACUGAGCUGAACUGCCUCCAGGGUGCUGGCGUUGACGUCGCUAUUGUUGUUGACUCCCUAGCGACUCACGAGUCAACAAAAGCUCAGUGAACUUGGAGGACCGAGGAAACUUCGAGUGUUUGUGCGCGCGUCUGUGUCAUUUUCGCGCCAAACGUGCCGCUUCUCGUCUUCUGGUGUCGCUCCGAGAGACUUCUGUUGCGGAAACAGUGGCUCCAACGUCACCCGCUCGGUAAACUCCCAGAGACAGCAACACGGAAAUGCACUUGAUGUCGCUGGUGCUCCGCCUUGUUGAAUAAUCGAGAAGACUUCUGCUCAGGCAGUGCUCAGAAGUCUCGAAUCGACAGUGUCAUACCAGGGCUUCAAAGGCACGUGAGAUAACCAUCCCUGGCACUAACUAAUUCGACAGCUACGGCUUUCUUUUUUUCUUUUUCGUGCUGAUUUUUCGCGACUUUGCCUUUGGCGUGGAAGAAGAACAUUUGGCACUAACUGAGAGCAGCCGUGAGAGUCCAGUUGUAAACAGCGCCUACGUCACGUGCUUUCGCUCCCACCUGAACUCUCAUCGUUGUGACAAAAGCAGAACCAGCACCGGCAGUGAAGGCCAAGUGGCAGCCGUGCACAAAACGUAGUGUGGCACCCGCAGUAGCGAAGAUUGCAUUUCAACGAAUGCCAUUCGCACCUCUAGCGUGGUAGCCACGGCCGGCGUUUUGAACAGAACCGCAGGCGGGAGCAGUGCGGCACAGACGCCAUCGGCGACGUCCUGUUCUCAGCAGUCGAGCAGCGUAGCACGGCUGGCCUCGGCCGGCCCCAAGCUGUCGCGGGGCGGCCUGUGCUGCGUGCACGAGGGGGCCACCACCGACGACGAAGCGGACGACGCGGCCCGGCAGUCCGCGGCUGGUCGGCGGCCGCCCCCGUCGCAAGUCAAGGUGGCGCGAUUCCACGAGCUGCGGCGGCAGGCCUCGGCCUCGGCCAAGGCGUCGCCAGAGCAGCGCAAACGAGAGGCCUCACCACCGCUAUGCCACGUCGAGCUACGCGGCAGGCAGGUCGUCAAGAAGUCCUCGCCGGACUCGAAGGUGACCUUGUACAUGGAGAAACGAGAAUUCUGUGAUCUUGGAAGUUGCACGGAGCCCGUAGAGGGCGUGGUGGUGCUCGAUGCCGACCAGCUGCAGCCCAACGAGCGGCUGCUGGUGGCGCUGGUGGGCCGGUUCCGGUACGGCCGCGAGGAGGACGAGAUCCUGGGCAUGACGCUCUGCCGAGAGGUCUACCUGGGACACACGCAGCUCUGCCACGAGCAGCCCAGCUCGCCCCGCACCCCGCAAGCCGCCACCGGAUCCUCCACCGCAGAACCGCCCAAAUCCCCCGGCCGUGCCCUGUAUGCCAUGCAGCUGGGACCCGUGCACCGCCGGUUGAUGGACGCCCUGGGCGAAGCGGCCGUGCCUUUUCGUUUCGAGUUUCCCCGCGACGCACCGGUGUCGACGGUGAUGCAGCGGCUGACUCCCGAGUCCGGAGAAACGUGCGGAGUCCGCUACCUGGUUCGGUGCUACACACUGCUCGACGAAGAAGAGACGCCAGCGCAGAGCAAAAGCUGCGUGAACAUCGGCAUCCGCAAGGUACAGUGCGCCAUCACACCGCGCCCCAUCAGCGCGGGUCCACGGUCGGCGUCGCUCACCAAAGACUUCCCUCUCAACGCUGGCAAGCUGGUGGUCGAGGCCAGCCUCGAGAAAGAGCUCUACUUUCACGGUGAAGAGAUUGUGGUUAAAAUAAACGUCCAGAACCAUUCGCAGAAGACGGUGAAGCACAUCAAGGUCUCGAUCCUCCAAGUCGUGGACAUCUGCAUGUUUUCUACGGGCCGCUGGAAAGUUUGCGUCGCUACAGCAAACGGGAGUAAGGACGACUGUCCUGUGCUUCCCGGCUCGACGGUGGAGCGUCGAGUGUCGGUGACACCAUCCCUGGAGGAGAACCGCCAGAAGUACGGCGUCUUCGUCGAGAGCUACAAGGGUGACGACGUCCUCUGCCUCGCUUCUUCAACCAUCAUCUCGGACCAUGCCAGGAGGAACCUCUUCGGCAUCGUCGUCUCCUACGAAGCGAAAGUGAAAGUCUAUCUCGGCACGCUGAGCUCCCUUUCGGGGAGAGGCGAGAUGGCGUGCUUCGUGCCGUUCCUGCUGAUGCACCCGCGACCCGCCGAGUCGCCGGUGGAUCCGAGCCCCGACGAGACGCUCACCGCGACGACGUCGUCCAGCAGCGCCAAGCCCGUGCCGGCCACUGACCUCGACGAGGUGAUCGCCGAGUCCUCGGCGCGCACGGGCGCGGCCGUCCUGCAGGGACCGCUGGAGUCCAGUCCCGGCGGGUCUGUGGACGUCCUCGGCGACAGCCCCACCGAGACCGCGACUCCGGCUGGUUCCUCCUGUGAAGACGAGCUCGUCCGCAAGUUCGACGAAGUCAAUACCAACAGCGACUGAGGCUGCGGACAGGCAAAAAUGACCAGUUGUCCAUUGGACUUGAGUGCGACCCAUCUGUGACAAGUGCAUCCGCCAGUUGGUACGAGCACGCCACUGGUUCAGAAGUGCAUUUCCUGUGAGAUCCAACAGCCCCGUCUCGCACGCAGUCCUGGCCGCGGGCUCACACGCUCCUGUCGUGCGUGACUGGGUGGUCUUUACCGAAAGUGUGAUGCUCUCUUUUACGUAACACUGCAGCAGCCGUUCGCGGCAAGUAAUUAGGAGGACAUGCCGACUCCAGCACCGCAUUCUGUAAGCAGCGCUUGUUGACGUCCGGUAACAGAUAUCGCAGCCGAGGCUGUAGUGAGCGAAAAUGCCUACUGCAUCUUUCAGAUUGCACGACGCAGGCACACGUUGGUCUUUACUUCCUACAAGCUCGUCAUGGUUACGAGAUCUAAGAAAGGGAAGUAAGAGCAGGCAGCAAUCAGUAUCACAGGAUUGGGAUGCUUCAGCUCCCGACUGUUUCUUACUACGCAAGCUCUGCCCUGCAAAGGCAUCGCUACUCGGGCGGCAUCUUUGCGAAGCCGCGCUUGCAUGUUGUUCUCGUCAAAAUAUGGAGGUGUCGAUAUCGUCGGCGCAUGCGCGCGAAGUGAAUCGUGUACUGCAAGGACUGGAAAGGUACCGAGAUUUACGAUACGCGCGCACUGCGAACUCAGCUGCUGGCGCCGCUUGUGGCGUCAUUUCUUAUUCUAGGUGCGUGUAUAUGCUAAACGCUCCUCGUUGCUGAUGUGCCGUCUUAAGAGCUGUCCGACACUGAUGUGAGUCAAGCUUGCUGUGGUUGUCGUGCUGCUCGUGACACGAUGUAUCUGCUUUCCCGUACGUGCAAGUCGAGAACGUCCUCUACGAAUAUCAUCGGCAUGUUCCCGCCUUGUUAAACGUAGAAAAGGUGCAUGCCUUUGUUUUCUCUCUUUCGGUGGUGCUUAUAUUGGGCCACAUCAGCGGGAUUUUUGCGAUCUUUGUACGGAGCCACUGACAAGCUGCGACUACAGCACGAAUCCACCAGAGGAGCUGCGAACUACCGCACAUUGUCGUUCCUCCAGUUCUUGUUGAUGUGAGCACACCAGGGACGGCUGCUUGCCUCUGGGAAAUAUUGUUCUACUACGUUUGUUGUGAAUAACUGUUUUAUCUUCCUCGCGUUGUUGUACUGGUGCCAUGAUUUGUGAUCUUUUAUCAGACUAACACGAGCUUAUGGGGACCACGCAGUCUUGGACUAGCGCAGAUCAAGGAAGGGCGAUACGGUGGUUACGCUUGACGAAGAUUUUCGGUGACGGACGUAGGCGAAGAGUGAUUAUGCCGUCAUCGACGCGUUGUGCCAAAAUAUAUACACACAUAUGUACUAACCCGACAAGCGCUUGCUUGUGGUCACAGCUGCGAUAACGGAUCGAGUGGCUACGGGAUGGUAUCAAGAUUGCGACGAGGCGUAAAAGACAAUGAGUGGGUAGCGAACUAAGCAUGGAUGUUCGUUUAAGCGUCCCCGGACCAUACGUAACGUGUUUCGUGAUGUAAUUUGAUGUGAUUAUUGCAGUUGCCCCUCUCAGUACUCUUCGUCGUGACUUUCUGCGUGCCCGAGAGGGCAUCCGACGACCGAAGAAGCACGCACCUGAAGCAUGCGCACGGCAUAGAGCCCUUUUCCUGGGCUUCUUUCAUUAAGCACUGUAUAAAGAAAUAGCAGCAGCUUUCGUCUCGCUCGCUUGCUAAGAGUCAAGGCAACUCGCGCUGCAUGUAGAGCCUCUGUGUAUUUAAAAUCAACUUUGUCUCGUGUAGCCUCCCGACUGUGAAAUAGCGUAGAGCCUAGGGGAACAACCGCGUCGAGCUAGAGUUCCCACCUUUUGCAUACAACGCUGCCACUUUAUUUCGAUUUGUGUGGGCAACGCGGACGCUACAUUCACACCUGCAUUUAGAGAGCCACUACUAUGUGAGCGAGCUAGGGGAUCCAGCCUUUCUUUCUUUCUUUCUUUCUUUCUUUCUUUCUUUCUUUCUUUCUUUCUUUCUUUCUUUCUUUCUUUCUUUCUUUCUUUCUUUCUUUCUUUCUUUCUCGUUCCACUCUCCACAGCACACAAGUAAAGGCGAUCUUUGAGAGCGCUUGCAAGAGUAUACAGCGAGGUUCAUGCUUCUUUUUCGCGACUGUUUUAUUCAGCGCUAUUCCCCGACACCGCAGUCAUUCGCACGCGUCAUUUCUUGCUGCAGCGUCGCUUCCCGAAAAGUUCUCUAUUUUGACGUACACUCGGCUCCUCUCCAACUGUCGGCGCAGUUAUUUAAGCGACGGCGGCGGGAGGCGUAGUGAAAAGCUGAAUUUGCAAGUGCCUGCAUGCAUGCUGCGGCAACGGGGUGCUAUAAGUUCACACGCAAAGGCGAACUGAACAAACAAACAAAAAGAGAGAGAGGAACCUAACCAAUGGUGAAUGCAGACGCGGCACGCGUGCUGCCAGGCUGCAGGCAUACAUGUAAGUCACGAAGCGGACCAUUGCCCCGUUCCCUCCGUUCUUGUUUAUCUUUAACCUCGCGUCGGCAGGGGCCGCAGAAUUCCUCGCGUGUACAUACAUUUCUAAACCACGUGCCGCGUUGAUGUCCGGUGACCAGCGCUCUCUAUAUUUGAUACGAAACACAUAUGGCAUCGCGGCACCGUUUGCGGGCAUAGGGGAAAAGAAAAAAAAAGAACACAGGAGAUCAGUAGCGUACGCUCCCCCUUUAUUUUCCGUUCCAAGCACCCGCCGUCGCUCGGCUAAUGAGAAAAGUUGCCUGACGCCCACUUUCAUAUAACAGUAGAACAAAAGCAACAACAACAACAAAAAAGAAGGUAUACCGUAGAGGCGUAGCGCACGGUGUUCAAGCUCGUCGUACUAAACAUACGGCCUGCCCUAGUCGGUCGUCCCUUACUUGUCGAUGCAGACCGUCCCUCCUCCUCAUAAAUCAUUCCGUUGGCAGCAUCAGCGACCGCAGGAACGAAAGAGCGUGCUUCCCCCAUCCAUUUCCCCGAGCGCGGGCCCAGUGCGACGCAACUCUUCCCCCGGGGUGACAUUGGAGCAGUUGGUUGGCACGUGUUUCACUCGGCGUCCGCGGCGCUAAGGUGCCUAACAGCCGUCGACGACCCUGCGGGCCUGCGCGGCAAUAUUUCUUCGACGAUGUACAAAAGGAAAUGGCUCUUCUCGGCUGUCAUCCGGCGCCGCGCCGGAUUCUCAGCAAAGACGUGACGCAGCCGCCUGUCUUGUCGAGAGCUGACCGCCGCGUGGAGGGUAGUGAUAUGGGAGCGCACGGACGGCUUUCCCGCGCACGCGUGCGUUUCGCUAAGCGUGCCGUUCGCUCGAGUUCCCGCUGUUUACGCGAUGACUGCGCUGUGACUUGACUUACUACAACCAUUACUACCACCGGCACUACUACUACUACUGCACUGUACAGAUAUAACGUGUAUGUAUACGCGCACUGUACAGACUUGGAGUGUGUAUAGCUUGUACACGUGUACAAAAGAUGGGCAUUGUUAGCUGAGAGCUUGUCUCUGGUCUUGUUAAUGGUACGCAUACAUGUGCGACUUGUUUUGCGCGUGGGCAAAAAAAAGUGUGAGGAAGUGUGUCAUGGCUUCCGACUGUACUCUCGUUGUUCGGCAACUGCGACACUCCCUGCUGGUGGCGCUUCUCACGGUCUUCGUCGCCGCAUGACGUUUUACCCUGACCUCCAGAGGUAAAAACGAGCUUGGCCUGAACAUAUUUAUUAACGUAUGAAGUUUAAGAAACCCAUAGAUUCUUCGAAUACGAAUCGCUUAGGCGAUAAAAGUGGUUGCGGUAGGCAGCAAGACAUAAGCUUCCAGUGAAGGUACGGAGACGGUAGAUAAAUAACAUACGGGAGUGCACACGGAAGAUAUAAUUUCAGCCGCGUUAAGUUUGAUACAACUGCCAGACGAAACAAAUAUUGGGAGCCCCGACGCACAUUUUUACGUUUAUUUCUUUCCUAUUUCAGUAAUGCGCAAUUUGUUGCUUUAGGGCUGCUUUUGUACCGUCAGUUAAAAUGUUCCUCAUCCACUGGGUGACCUUACACGUGAUACCGCAGCUUCCUGUCAGGUCAAUCAAGGAAUGAAAAAGAAAGAACACGAUUAAGACACACCGUGACCAAACAGACCUAGAGUUUACUGUUUGCUCUCUAUAGGUGAAUCCUGUUUACUCUCUAGGUCAAUCCUAAGGGUACUGUUCGCUCUCUAGGUCUAUCCCAGCAUAACCUCGUGCAUCUGCGAUGAACACAAGGGACAAAAUCAAAAGCAAAGUCAUUUAGGAGCAAGUUUGACGCAUGAUAUCCUUCUGAGCUAUGACUGCACCACGUCAAAUGAAAGGGAAGCGUAGAGUGUGCACCGACGGUGACCGGAAGUCCCGUGAGAAGUUCGUAGAAGCCUGCAGGGAGUGUUCAGACUGGAGGUAGUAGGCCCACAUUCGCCUGAGCCAAAGUUUCGCUAAGCCUGGCAACGUAUCCGAUGUUGAGCUACAAUUUACGGCUAGACGGGGGUCGCCGUGCUCGUAAGAGCUCAUUUUCUUCCGGCUAUAAAUAUUUUCACGAGCUUUCAUGUACUGGAAACAAAGGAGGUUAUUACACACCAAACAUCUAUGGGAAGUUCUAGGUAAAUUACUAACGCUAGCCAAAGUUGGGCGAUAACUUGAUGCAUAAAAAAAGACUACUUGCAGAAGAACCCUCACAUUUUGACGGCAGAAAAUUGCCGUCGCUGUUAAAAAAAUGUUAUAGUUGAUAGCCACCUUUUGAAACAUCUUAACAAUUCAAGAACUCAAACAAUUCGGAAUCAUCCUCAGUGCGAAAGCCAUCAAGUGGAAGAGAGAGGUGAAAAUAUCUAAUAAACUGGAAAUGUUAGUAAUUCCGUCGUUGUUCAGUUUCUCAGCUUAACUACAACACAUACAACCGAAUCUGUAAGAAACGUUUCUACUCGGACUGUUUAAUGCUUUAGUGCAGUGCAUGGAACUUCAGAAUGACAAAAUAGAGAUUCGGCAGUGAUUAUAAAACGAGCGGACCUUUCCGGCAUCGGUAAACUUCUAUAGCAGUUUGAAAAAUUAAGGAAAUAACUUACAGAGUCCUCCUUAAACGAAUAAGAAAUAAAGCCUUUGGUUCAGUGCUAAUUCACCAGUGAUACAAUAUUUUCACACUCAAGACAACACAUACUUGCGAACUCUGCACACUUCUAUACGAAGAGUCAGUCAAAUAUACAGACCAAGAACUUGUUUUGCUUUAUAAAAACAGCAAGUUCCAACUAAAGCUCCUAAUCCGAUUUUUAUUUUAAUUCCUUACUUGAUGACACGGACGCAUCAAAUAUUUACGUUGCAAACAUUGCCUGCACGUCAGGACAGUGACGUUUGUUAAAGAGUAAAAUCAGUAAAGCACUGUACAGUAAACCUAUAGGAAGAGAGGCGACAAACUGUGCAAAGACAAUGUUGCCAGAGGCUCGAGCGAGAUUCGACGAAGGCGAGUGUGUGUGCGUGAUCACCGAUGGGCAGACCAUACUUACUGCCAGCGUUGGCCACAUUUACAAUCAGAUGUGUCACAGUUUCGAUAAGCUAGAAGUGGUGGUGGCGUGUUUCGAAUACAUAGCACGGGACGACGCAGCUGAUAAGCGAAGUCGUCGACUGAGCGUCCCUCCCCUUGUCUAGCGCAGUUCCUCGCAGGAAUACAUUCACGGAGACGUAUAUACGCUGUUGUUGUGCGCAAAUCUCAUCUAACCACAAUGCUUGGCUAAGCGAGCUUUCAUAUUUUGUUUGAACAGCCUUACUGUAACGCGCUUGCAUCGUCAUCGUCAUAAUGUUCACUAAUAAAAGUCACAUAUGGC